AUAAUUUUGUAAAAUAUAUAGCAUUAUAUCUACAUUGAAUUGCUUUUCCUGGUUAAUACUUUAAGUCUGAGCUACAAUUCUUUCUGUGAGGAAACCUCUUAAUGUCUGCAAAACGCUACGAAACGAUUUUGUUCCGCUUUAUAUUUAUUUAUUUGGCGAGGUUGACACAACAUUAACGAUUAAGAUGUUAAAAAAUAAAUUAAUGUGCACUAGAAUGCGUGCAUUUCAGACCAGAUAAAAUCAGAAGGAUAAAUAGAAUGUCACGUGUCUGAAGGCACGUGAACUCAAAGGUUCAAGACCUACAUUCUAUUCUAGAUUUUGACAUCAUAAUGGACAUUAUACAUUAGAGAGAAUCCUGGUGAAAAGACCUUAAUUUAGCAUCUGACUGUUGUUAUUGCUUGCUUAUUGCUCAUUCAAGCCAAUUUUGUUGUUGCUGUUGAAGAAAUCUUCACUCCAGCAUUUAAACAUGUGGUACAGAGAAAGAAAUACUCUCCAGAAUCCGGCACUGCUAUGCCUAGUAGGCAAACAGAUUUUCUGCAGACCUUCUGGACCUUCCGUCUUGCCAGAUACUGGACAAAAGAAAUCGGCUUCAGGUGAAAGGCUUCCGGGACAUCGAGGUCCCAGACCUCCUAUCUAUUUAAUGGAUGUGGUAGAAAGAAACGGCACAGACCCUUCAUGUGAGUCUGGCCUGAAAGCCAAUCCUCACCCUUCCUUACCACCAACACCCAGUCUUGCAAGUCGACCAGUGAGGGUGGACAAACAAUCGUCUCUGUCUGAAAGCCCUGUUGCUGUGUUCACAAACAUACCUGUUCUGGAACCAACCCAUGUUCAUGUGAAGCCUGUAGCUGGACAAAACAAGUCAGCUGGACAUUGCUUUUUGCCAGAGUCUGAAGAAAAGACAUCAGUUUCAGGUGUAAGACCUCCAGGGCAUCAAGGAGCCUGGUCUCCUAAGCGUUUCAUGGAAAUGUCAGUGAAAAACAUCAUAUACCCUUCAUGUGAGUCUGACCUGAAUGCCAGUGCUGACCCUUACUUAUCCCUUCUCGGUGAUCUUGCGAGUCGACGAGCGAGAGUGGACAAACAUACGUCUCUGCGCCAACACCCUGUUCCUGUGUUCACGAACAUGCCUGUUUCUGUGAAUAUUUUAGCAGGACAGAAGUCUGUUUCAGAUGAAAGACCUCCAGGACAUCGAGGGCCCAGACUUUGUACAAAUUUAAUUGAUGUGUUGGAGAGAAACAUCGCAGAACCUUCAUGCGAGUCUGAUCUGCAAGCCAUUGCUCACCUUUCCUUACCACGACUGCCCAGUCUCGCAAGUAGACCAGUGAAGGUGGACAAACGCAUAUCUCUGUGUGAACGUCCUGUUGCUGUGAACAUGUCUGUUCUGGAAAUAACCUGUGUUCCUGUGAAACCUGUUGCUGACCCACAGAAAAGAGGCAGUGUUGUUGUGGCAAGGAAUCCCGUGUCUUUUCAGAGUCCAUUUCAUGAUGAGGAUGUCAAGAUCAAGAGGACUCAGCCACCAAAAAGAAUCCAUCCUCUGGUCAAAAGAUUUUCCUUUGUAGACAAGAAGCCAGACUCUACUGCUUGUACCAGUUUUAAACCCCUGACCCUGUCUUUAAGCUUAUAAAGCAUCCACACGCAAAGAAAACAUGAUGAAAAAGAUAUUAAAAAAUGUGCAU